AAUGGCUCAAGUAGUGAAGAUUCUCAUCGCGCUGGCGAUUCUCUUCACCUACGCUUUGCAGUUUUUCGUACCUCUUGAGAUCAUGUGUUCAUCAGUGAGGCCGAGGUUUAGCCACAGAUUCGCUGCUGUUGGAGAGUCCUGCUUCCGGACCUUUAUGGGUUUACUAACAAUUGCUGUAGCAUUAGCCGUGCCUAACUUGGAGCCCUUCAUUUCCCUCGUCGGCGCAAUAUUCUUCUCCUUCCUGGGAAUAUCCAUCCCAGCAAUAGUCGAAACAAUUUCCUGCUGGGAGAACAAUCUCGGAACCUUCUACUGGAGAUUGAUCAAGAACAUAUUCCUUCUUGCAUUUUCCAUCUUCGCUCUCUUCACCGGUACCUGGGUGUCUCUCGCUGAAAUUAUUGCAACCUACUAAUUAAAAACCUGCAGCAUAAAUUCUAUUCGCAUUACUUGAGUGACGUGGAAGCCACCAAUUUGAUGAUUUCUCUGGAUUCCCACAAGUGGAAUCUCAGGAAAAAAUGCCCUCCCGAGCCGUUGAAAAUCUUGCAUUCUACUACUAUUCAUCGAUAAAUCGUCGACAGCUUUUCUGAGGAUGAUCUUACUGGAAUGCCGCACCAGGUCGAUAUCGUGGGUAAGUGAUCUGAUAAUACGCUUGGUUACCAAUCAGCCAGACCCUUAUCAGCAGCCAAAUCCCCAUGAAAAGAGGUAGCCAACUGAGAGACGAAGCGAUGUUGAGAAGUCGAUGAGAGUUUAUCACCACUUCCAUCUGCUCCAUCGUGGAAACACUGGACUGGAAACAAUGGAAAUUAAUUCAGAUUGUUAUGAUGGCAGAAGACAAGAUGGAAUCUUAUGGCUGAGAAUUUUUCAUUCGUUCAUCAUUGACGUGUUCAUGAAUAGAUCGAUCUUCACUGUUUUCUAAACAAGAUGUAUUAUGUUAACUCAAUGCGAGGCAAAACUACGGUAAUUGUGAUUUCAUGUGUGUGAGGAAUGCCGGAUGAAUGAUUUCGUCUCGCAAUGAGAUGAGCUAAGGUGUGAGGAAUCCAAAAAAUUCUAUAAGGAUUUGGUUUACAUCAGAUAUCACAUCCCUUCGUCGGAAAAUUAGAGCCAAAAGGGCGUGUAACCACGAGCCGGUGGAGUAGUGGAUUUUAACCAUUCAAAUCAUUCUCAAUCAUCUAAUCAUAACGUUUUGAGAUUUAUUUUCUUGUUAAUUCGAUAUUUGUUGCGUUAAAUUUCAGUUAAAUUUCGGACUGAACAAUCGGGUAUACAUUUUCAUAAGCAAAGAUAAAUCUUCCACGUGGAAUGAAUUUUAUAUUCAUUAUAUUAUAGUUCUUAGUCCGCCUUUCCAAUUUUGGGUCUUAUCGAUUAGAACGAUUAAAAUUGCUUAGCUCUUCUAAUUUAAAGAAUUCUUUAAUGGGACUCAAACAUGAGUGUAAUAUGUGCUCUGAACUCAUUUUUCGGGUACACUCGUAGUCUUUUAAUAUUUGCAUGAUCUGUUUAACGAAAAACAUUAAAAAUUUGUUUUCAAGAUCGUCCAUACCGACUUGUGUAUGGAAAUAGAAGAAAUGAUACGAAGAAAAUUAUGUUUAGAUGAUUCAGAAUGAGAGAACUAUGUGCAAAUACUUUUAAAUCAU